UUCUCUCAAUCUGCUCCCCAUAUCCAGCAACUGAGGGGUGCAGUGGCGUCAUCUUGUGUGGCUGUGUAAAGCGUGGGAUGGAUUCUUCCAGAACCGUUCGUUCGCUUCCCCCAGUGCCAUGCAUUUGGGGUCUGUGUCGUUUUUUCUCGGCGCGCUCUAUGCCGUGCGUUGUUCCUGGCCGCGCGCGGAUGCGCCUCUGUCAGUAAAACGACAGAACAGAGGCAAAUUUAAAAUGAGAUGACGUAAGUAGAGAAAAAAACAUACGGCAUGGUGUACGAGCGGGCACUGGAUCAUGGAAUCGUGUCUACACAUUUUACGCCCAAGCAGCACAUGAUUGUUGUAUAGGUUUGGACAGAUCUGGAAUGACUGCGAACUCUCGCGUCUCCCACAAUCCGGUCCGGUAUUUCAGCUCCGGGGCGGUGCGUAACAUUACACACACCUCAACUUAAUUACGGAGAUGGACCGAAGGAGGUAGGCUACUGAGAGACAUCUCGUUCUUGCGUUUAUUUUUGCGUUUAUUUUUUUAAAUGUUGAAUUUAUGCUGAGUGAAAAUAUACUAUAAAUGACCGACUCAAUAAAUAUCACGGAUGUAUUUGGCUAUUCGAAGGAUACAACGAGAGGGAUGGCGACGCGAGGCCAAGCGUGAAUAACUACGCUCGCCUGCUGUCAGAAGGCCGAGCGUGUGCAGGCUGUGAGCGAAACAACCCCAGGUGGUUCGUUCCUGUGUUUGACGUCGGUGGACCAUCCUUAGCAGUUCAUGUUAAUAUCUCUCAAGAUGGUUGUAAAGGUUUGGGCCCACUCUAUUCCGGUGCAUGCCAUUUCCAUCUUCGAGAGGUGAACGUAAAAGAGCGGGCUUGCUUAGACUGGGGCGGCCAUGGCAGGACCACCGCAUGCCGUGGCUCGGCUCGUCUCCGGGGCCCGGGAGGAGUCGCCAUCCUUGAGUACUCCAGCCGAGAAGCCCCGAAAGCGGAGAUCUUUUUACGUCCUUCGCAUGCGGUCUCCGAGCGCCGCCGUUAACAACAACAACAACAGCCUCGCCCCGUUAGUGAUUCCUGGACAGAUCAAACACAUCUGCAGCAACUGCAGCCGCGGGCGCGAGCUACGGGACGUGGAAGGGGCAGAGCGUCUGGCAGCGCUGCGCUCUGAUUCGCUGGUCCCAGGCACACACACACCACCCAUACGAAGGCGAGGCAAGCUGGCCACCCUGGGUCGCCUCUUCAAACCUUGGACCUGGAGGAGGAAGAGAAAUGACAAGUUCCAGCAGAAUUCCGCAGCUCUGGAGAGAAAGAUGUCCAUGCGAGCCAGCAGAGAGGAGUUAAUCAGGCGAGGAGUACUAAAGGAAAUCCAUGAAAAAGAGAGUGUCUUGCCGUUGCCUCCAGUGAUGGGCCAGGGGGUGUGUGUGGCCGUCUCAAAGGAGUGUGAUGUCUCCAAACCCACUAAAACUGGAGACGUUGGGCCAGACUCCAGCAGGAAACUCUCUCCUCCUCUCCCACCAAAGAAAGUGAUGAUCUGUGAGCCGACGCCACCCUCCCACCCCCCUCCCGCUCACACUGUUACACACACGCACACCCUCACGCUCACACACACUCUGACGCACGCACACACACUGGCCUACCCCAGCAUACCCCCCAGCCGCAUCAUUGAGGAGCUCAACAAGACGCUUGCUCUUACCAUGCAGCGGCUAGAGAGUUCUGUGUUCCAUGCUGUUCCAUCGAUGAUGAUUGAGUGUGAGGACAACAAGGAGAAUCACCUGCGCCAACCAGACUUCCAAGGCCCGCCCAGCAGCUACACCCAGCAGGAGAGAGCGGGGGAGGAGGAGGAGGAGGAAGAUGACGACGAUGAUUCACUCUUCACAAGCACUCUGGCUUUGAGGGUGCUCAGGAAAGACUCCCUGGCUGUGAAGAUUGGUAAUCGCCCAUCUCAGUGGGAGCUGGAGGAGAAGAACAUCCUUCUGAGACACUCGGACCAGGAGAGACUGGAAAGCAGACAGCAGACCUGCACCAAACUCACACGGAGGUUAAGCCUGAGGCCAACAGCAGAGGAGCUUGAGCAGAGGAAUAUCCUUAAGCCCCGGAAUGAGGAGGAGGAACAGGAAGAAAAGAGAGAAAUCAAGAGACGGCUCAACAAAAAGCUGCGAGAGCGGCCCACAGUGGAGGCGUUGCGUGAGGCUCGGAUUCUCAGCUUCAACGACUAUGUGGAGGUGGCCGAGGUGCAGGACUAUGAUCGCCGUGCCGACAAACCCUGGACUCGCCUCACUGCAGCUGACAAGGCCGCUAUACGCAAGGAACUGAAUGACUUCAAAAGCACAGAGAUGGAGGUUCAUGAGUCCAGUCGUCACCUAACCAGGUUCCACAGGCCCUGACUCCAAGCCAGCCGAAGUAUCUCAGUGUGUGACUGGACUUGUGCCACUGGGGUUUGGUGCUGUGCGGAUGGACGGGGUGGGGGUCGGGACUGACAUCCCUGCAGGGCCUGGAGCCUCCUGACCCUGUCUGCCACCCUGAGACACCUAAAGUGCUGAGAUGCUUCACACCACCCCGGACCGCUUUCACACUGGAUCCAGAUUGACAUCACAUCCAAACCAGAUACCUUCAGCCAGUCUUAACGCCACAGCUAUCCCAAAGCCCCUUCAGGAGCAGGUUUACACCAGUUGGGAUCCUUAGGCCUAGUUGUUUUCUUCUUCUUUUUAUUUGACUUUUCUCUUUGACUUAUUUUUGAGGCCAUCAUUUUUAAACUAAUUCAGGAACGUUGGAAGAGAACCAGUAAUGCUGGAAAUGCGCUGCAAAUUUUUCUGUGGUAAACAGCGAUGGGAAUAUGGAAAAUGUGCUGCCUAGAGAGGGGUGUUUUCCCUCAGAUGUUGGUUUCAUAUUGUUUUUGUAUUUUAUGGUUAUUUAUUUUGUAUUGUUGUUUUAUAUUCCUGCCCAGUGCUCCAAUGGGAUGCUCUUAUGCUGAUGUUUCAGGCCUUUUAGUUUUGUAAGACACCUAAUACCCAGGAUGCAUAUGUGUAUGCUUGAGUGUGUGUGUGUGUGUGUGAGUGUACACACACACUCAGUCACACAUACAUUUUUCCAUCACGGGAUCUUCAAGCAGGUGUGGGGGGAGCGGUCUGAGCAAUAACUAGUUUCAGUUGUAUCACAGUUCACCACUUCUGUGCAAAUGCGUGGCUGUGUCACUGUGUGUGCGUGUAUCUUUAUGUCCAUGCUGAGAACCACUCCCCAAGCCCCUUCAGUUGUUGUAAAGACACUAAAGAGAAGCCAUCCAGACGCCCCCCUUUACGCCACAACAGGCCGUCUCUGAUGAAAACUCUCCAUGUACGUCUCCUGCUACUCUGUAGUGGACUCUAGUGCGAACCGCUUCACUCUCCUCCCGCGUCGUUAGCCAACCUCGACCUCAGCCUCACUCUCGUCGACUCUAAUCUGGCCCACACGUGUCACUUCCUAUUCUUACCCAACUCCCCAUCAUCUAACACCAAUUACUGACUUGUUUUUCUAAAAAAAUUUUAAAAAACUCUCAUUCUCUGCAAUGACUAAUAGAAGCCAUACUACUACUACUACCACACACUUGAUGCCCCUUUAGACUAGUGCUAUCCCACCUCUCGUUCUUUGACACUAAUCCUACCUUGACGUCAUCUCCAUCGCUGACUAGCCCUCGGAUUGUGGACAGUACCCCUGAGGGCCCUUAGAAAAGGAGGGCACCAACUAGGAAGCACAGUGCCAUAAGAGAAAGCUUCUUCUACUACUUCUUCAUUGUUUACCAGGGUACUGAGGUGCCAAAACUGAUGCCAGUUUAAAACCCUCUGAUGUGGCAUUAAUGCUUUAUGUGUGUUAGCGUUUUACAGGAAACUGCCACUACCACUACGUCGUGUAGAGAAAAAAAUGAACACGUUUGUGUUACUCUUUAAGAUUUUUGUUUUGCAUGAAUCAGAAUUUUGAAGAAAAAAAAGAGGAUGGGGGAACGAAAGUGCAGUGAGGGGAGCUCCUUGUUUGGGGGGGGGUCUCGUCCUCGGGAAAAACCUGCAAGCCAAACUGAUGUCUGGAUGUGCAUGAAGGUGCAGUUUCAAUGAGAGAUUGUUGAACUUGGUAAGCCACCAAUAUAGUACCAGACACCUCAGGGUUUGGGGGAGGGCAGGUAGCAUAGUCCUACUAGAGCAGUGAAUAGGAUGAUGGCUGUAGGACAGCAUCAGAUGCUCUUGCCUAACGUGCAACAGCAGAAUAUAAACUAAAAUGAUAGAAGUGUCUAUAAAUAUGAUUAAAUAUAACAAAAUAUAUAUAUGUUGUAGGGCUGAGGGACAAAACAUGCACAUUCAGACAACAGAGUCACCAUGUUUGAGGCAGCUCUAUGUUACUGAAAUAAGUGUUCUAUAGGAUAAAAAGGUGUGUGUGUGUGAGAGAAAGAGUGUGUGUGUGUGUGAUUGAGAGAAACAGAGUGUUAGUAAGUGUGUGUGUGUAAGUGGCUAAAGAAGGCAGUAUUUAAAUGGGAGGGAAAUGCAUGUGACAGAUCUGUUCUCAUCCCCAUCUCAUGAAGUCUAGAGUCUCUUCUUAAUAAAGGAGCUUUUCAAAACACUCAAAA